AUGCGCCAUGUCAGAAAAACUACCGAUACCGAAGGCCUUUCCUCACCGUCAUCGACGUUAGGGCUUCUAAGCCGCGUCUCUACGGCCCAAACCCACCACCCGUCUCAUUGGCCAACAUUGCAAAAAUGGUGCAUUGCAAUAAUAUACUGCUUCCUACAGGUCGCCAUAAUGCUUCUUACAACGACAUACAUUAGCGCUCAAACACCGCUGCGCAUGAAGUUCGGCGGUUCUACGCAGGUAAUUGCUUUAGGACAGUCUAUGUUCAUUGUCGGGAAUGCCGCUGGACCUGUGUUUCUAGGUCCGCUGAGCGACAUUGGGGGUCGGAAAUGGGUUUAUGUUGGGAGUAUUGCGAUUUAUGGGUUGUGUCAGAUUGGGUGCGCCCUAGCAGUCAAUCUACCCAUGAUGAUUAUAUUCAUGCUGCUAUCUGGAGUUGCUUGUAGCACAGCACUCUCGAACGUCGCCGGUACAAUUGCUGAUCUCUUUGGUAAAGCGGAUAAUACCAGUCAGCCGUUGGCGUUGUAUAUUAUGUCUUCGACUACGGGGUCGAGUUUGGGGGGAGUUGUUGGUGAAUGGAUUGUCAGCAACCCUAAUAUGGGGUUGAAUUGGAUCUUCUGGAUUAAUGUGAUUCUUGCCGGAUUUUUCGUCCUGGUAAUGACUUUUUUGCCAGAGACGCUACCCCGAAUAGUCAUUUCACGAGCGAUGAAACGCUCCCAGACACAGACACAGAUAACACAUUCUGAGAAUGACGAACGGCAGAAAGAGAUAGCAGAGACGAGAAUCGCUAUACUGAAGGAAAUGCGGUUUGUUACUACCAUGUGUUUUCGAAUCUUAUUGACGGAACCCAUCGUCACAUGCUUAGGGAUUUUCAACGGCUACAUAUACGGACUACUUUAUCUUUAUCUAUACGGUGUCUUUGAUGUUUUUGUUGCCAAUAAUCACCUCUCUGUCAUCGCCGCAAAUUUGACGUAUCUCAAUUUUGUAGCAGGAGCAGUUAUCAUGUUUCUUAUUUUCGUCCCCAUCCAAACAGCACUCUACAAGCGGGAUCGAUUGAAGAACAAUGGCAUUGCACGACCCGAGGCCCGCUUCUUACUAUCCCUCAUUACUGUGUGGGGAUUUCCUAUCUCCUUGCUCUGGUUUGCGUUUACUUCCAGUGGGAGUGUAUCUUACUGGUCUCCUGUAAUCGCAGGCACCGUUCUGGGUGUUACAGAUCCGUUGUUGUGGUUGAAUAUCUUGAAUUACAUCACAGACAGUUAUCCGAAUGUGGCUGGCAGUGCAAUUGCCGCGUUUCUCAUCCCGAGUCAAUUAUUGGCAGCGGCAUGUGUGCAUAUAGGAAUUCUAAUGUUCAACAAUCUCAGCACUACUUGGGCUUUUGCAAUAUUGGGCUUCGUAUCGCUAGGAGUUGUGGCUUCGGUAUACGUCCUGUAUUUCUGGGGACCGGCACUCAGGAGAAGUUCUCGGGGUCUGGUUGUGGCUCGGAUCAUCCUCUCAAGGCUGGGGAAACCUUGGGGUAAGGCAUGUACAUUGAGCGAACUGCUAUCCGAAAGCAAUGAGAGUUUAAUCCCGGGAUUUUGGCAGCGGCAACGAACUGGUAACCGGCGAGUAAAAUAG